AAUGUCGGCUCAAGAAUCGACAUUAGAAAAAAAAAAUUGUCUAUGAUCUGAUUGUGAUUGUGUGAUUGGCGCUAUUUUGCGUUUUAGUUUAUAUUAAAUAGAAAAAACAGUUUAAAAUUGUGUUAUGUAUGAAAUACAAGUUUAUAUUAGUUUUCAUAAGUGUGUAUGAAUCGUAUAACAGGCUUCUUACAAGAUUGUUCAAUGGGUUCCUUAACAUAAAACCUGCCAGACGCUUCAGUUGAAGCCCUUAGGGUUAGUUGUCAUUGAGGAAUUGAAUGGCUAUGUAUUAUUACGCAAGUAAGCUGAAUGAAGCCUCAUGUAGUGGGUGCAACAUGAAAGUGCCCCCUGCCCCUACUGAGCCGGCCCCUGUGCCUCCACCACCCACCGAUCUUGCUCCGCUACCACCAGACCCAUCUCUCCUGCAUGGCACGGGCCUUUCUUAUUAUGAUAACGAUGAUUACUACUCAAUGGUAAGAGGAAACAAGUUUAUGUCAGAGAGUACCUGUAAACACAUUGUGAUGAAUGGUGGGAUCAACUUUGUUGCAUCCCAGAAAGUAGAUGCACCACAGCUGUCAGGGGUACAUCCAUCUGGUGUGAAGACAAUAAACACUCUUCCUUAUGUGAACUGUUCAGGAGACAAGCCAGAGGUUGAGUACAGAGAUGGGCACAUAGUGAGUGCCACUCUAGAGGCCCUGGUUGAUAUGCUCCGGCCAGGAGCCAGCAAGGCUUUCACGUUCACAUUUCUGUUGUGUUCACGGCUCUUUGUUAAACCACAUGAGCUGUUGAACAAGCUUUGCAAGCGAUACUUCAAGAAUUAUGAGAAAAUUGGAAAAACUGAAGUGAAGGAUUUAGUAGAGAAAGAACUCAAUGAUAUGAUAUGCCUAGUGAGGGUGUUAAGCCAGUGGACCAGUAUGUUUCCUUACGACUUCCGUGAUGACAGGGUUAUGGCUCUUGUACGCAGUAUAACUCAGAGAUGUGCAGCAGAUCACAUGACAUCAGUGAGAGUGGAAAUGUCGACCACGUUAGAAAAACUGUUGGACAAGUUAACAGCCCUUGAACAAUAUGAAGAGACCUUAUCAGAACCACCACAGGUAUCAUCUGUGGACCAAUUGACACAGGGCGACAUACUGACACUGGGCCUCACACCAGUUGAGCUGGCCAAUCAACUAACUAUCGUGGAACUGCAUCGGCUAUCAUUCGUUGGUCCUGAGGAGUUCGUGCAGACUUUUGCGCCGACACAACCACCGCAGUCGACUUCUGGCAAGCAGGCUAUCAGUCUGCAUCAUAUAGAAACUAAGAGCACCAGGAAUUUGGAAGCCUAUGCUGAUUGGUUUAAUAGGCUCAGUUACUUAGUGGCCACUGAUAUACUAAAGGCCGUUAAAAGCAAAUACCGCGCCCGAGUGAUCGAACAAUGGGUUAUGACCGCCAGAGAGUGCUUCAAUCUCGGCAAUUUUAACUCCCUAAUGGCUAUCAUCAGUGCACUCAAUAUGUCGCCAGUUACACGACUAAAAAAGACGUGGAGCCGAACAUCGGCCGUAUGUGGUCAGCAACUGCGGCAACUAGAACUAUGUGUUGAGCCUAGUGGGAAUCACGCCAGAUACCGUGCAGCAUUAGCGGCCGCUCCAACUGAGACGGCCGUACCAUUACUGUCAGUCACAUGCAGGGACCUGCACUUUGCCAACCAGGGAUCCCCGUCUAAGCUAGCGGGUAAUCGCGUGAAUUUCGAGAAGUGUACGUUGUUGGGUCGUCAUGUUAGCACUCAGUUGGCCAGUCGGCGGCUGACGAGUGAAGAGAGCCCGGUGACAUCCCAUCCGACACCUCACCUCACUGUGUGGCGAUUCCUGAAUGAUCGACCAACCCUUACUGAGAUUGCUUUGGAAAUGAUAUCUUUCGACCGGGAACCGCCAGUGGACCACCAGGAAAAAGAGCGCUUGAAGCGCUUACGAGGGGCCAGUUAAAUUAGGUAAAGUACCUUAUACUCACUAACAGAAGCCCAAUAUACUCUCGACCCAGUGACGGGCGGCGCUCAAGCGUCACAAUGUGUUCCAAUUUUAAACUCAAUACUUACGUCAUAAUCAUCGUAUCGUAUAACCUCUUAUCGUGAAAGAAUAGGUACUUGUGUACUUCUAUUCUAAUGUUACAUUACAUCUCAGUUCGAAUUACUGUGCCUCUCCUAAUAUGUCUACCAGUAACUGCGCACGAGUCACAAUGUACCAACAAAACAUCUCUACGCAUGCGUGACAUUCAAAAUGGUUGACUCCAGAGAGGCAGAGUUAUUUGAAUUAAGCUGUAAAAUAUACUUUUUAAAAUAAGAAGUAUAACGUAAAUGGUCAAAGAUUCCGUUGUGGGAUUCUAUGAUCGAACUAUAUUUACUGUUAAAAGUUUUGUAAACAGAAUUUAUUUGAAAAUUUAAACAUUUAACGCGGAUCGUCUGUGACGUUCUAGAUUUGACGGAGAAUGGGCGUUUUGGUCUACUUCUCUUCUAGCAUUAAGUGAUACAUCAAUAGAAAGCGUAUUUUAUGUAAAGUAUUUUCUUAUAUUACGGAUAUUGUUAUUUCUUGUUUGGCACAUAGGACGAGUUGAAUGAAAUAAUUUAUGUCUAUAUAUAUGUCUAAAAGCUACUCUAAAGUAAUGACAACCGUUAAGAGGUAUGUUACAAAAUGUUUCAUUUGGAAACUCCUUUCGGACGAUGUAUCUCAUUAUUGGAGGGAGAGUAGACCAACAUCCAAACAUUACGCCCAUUCUCCUUUUAUAUAACCUAUACGGAAGCAUCUCGAAGUUUAAAACGAAAGAAGUCAGAUUACUACAAAGUGGGUCAAACGUACUUUUGUUAACGCCCAAACUAAACGAGUUUAACCAUAUCAAGAACCGACUCAAUGUUUUUGAUUUUGCUGCCACCGAAACAUGAAAUUACUCUUUAUCCGACUUCUAAGAAAGGUUAUGUUGUUUUACCUGUAAAAACUUAAUAUAAGGUGAUUAUGAGAGUUCGGAUUAUUGAAUAUUAUCGUCAAUCUUAUAUUACGUACUUAAAACUAUCCGGGAGACCGGACUUGAGCGACGAUAUGUUAUUACUUCUAAAAUGUAACUAUGGAAUUUACUAUAUUGACUUUAAAUAUGAAAUACGUGUGAUUUUAAAAUUGUUUCCAUGACUUAUUUGAUGUUCGUUUAUGAGGCCAUUUAAAUCCAAGUUCCUUACGCAUCAGUAUUUAGCUACCUGUUAAAUCUCGCCAUUAUGAUGAAUCUCGUAAUGUAAGUACUUAAUAUUUAUUUUUACUUUUUGCAUUCUGAAAAUUGAUCUCAUUUAUGAUUGAAUUUAUAUUUGUUGUGUAAUUUGUGUUCAAGUGUCGAACGUGUAUCUGAAUGUGUAUGUGUGACGGAGUAUAUGUAUAUUUGGUAGUCUUAUGCAUUUAUUGUGCAUAUCAUCAAUGCACGAGUUCCUUUUGAUUGCCCUUUCAUGGAUUCAAACAGAAACUAGCUAUUAUUACGUUCUCUUAAGUUAAAUGAUUAUGAUUAAGAGAAAUAGACAUACAUUGAUGUUUUAUAUUUAUAUCUAAUAGUAGGUACGAAAGCAUAAAGUUGUGGUGUUUAUGCAUGAAAUGUUUACUUGGCCGUUAAUUAUAUAAAUGUCUACUUAAAGUCUCGAACCCAAGUUAACUGAAUUAUAUUGUCAGCGUGGGGAAUAGAUGGUAACAAUUUAAAUAUUUGAAACAAAAAGAUUCUUAUAUGCAUCUAUGUGUUAUGUAUGUAGUGAAUAUGUACCUAUUUAAAAUCUAUGUGUCAUAUCACAUAUUAUAGCAUUAGUGUUAAAGGCGCGAUAAUCAUUCUUUUUAACUACUUAUAUUUUACAAAAAAUGUGUUCACGACUGUAGUAACUUUGUACUUAAUUCUUUGUAAUACUCAUUUGAGGUACAUUAUUUUUAAGAUUGCAAGCUAUUUCUUUAAUUUAUGUGUACAAAUAUAAGUUGCCAUGUUAGAGUAAGAUUCUGGUUAAUUGAUACUUUGACCUAUCUAUCAGUAUUGGCGUAAUUGACGUGGUCCUGGCUCAUGCAAGUUAUACUGUACUUAUUAACUACUACUGGAUCUAGGUUUACUUAAUAGGCAGCAAGCAGAAUAAUCCCACCCGAAGAGCACUUUAUAAGUAAAUAAAUCUCUUUGAUUUUUAUAUUGUUGUACUUAAAUAAUCUUAUUCUUAUAGAGCAGCUUAUUUGUUACCUUUAAUACAUUCCACUGCCAUAAAACUAAAUCGUUCUUUUGGAGGCAAUUCAUUAAACAGUAUUGGUUAUUGCUUUAAAUACAUAAUUCUAAUAGAAAAUAUGUAGUUAUUAGGCACACAAUGUGCCCCAAUUAUAUAUUUUGUUGCUUAUUGCAAAUAGGUCUCAAAAUCGAACUUAAGUAUUCAAAUUUUAUUGUGAUUUUAAUACGAUCCUAUGUUUCAAUGCAAUUGGUCAUUUGAUUUUAAGCAUGCUUGACAUUUUGCAAUACUGCGAUUAUCUUUAUUGACUUCUAAAUCUCUAUUUUUUAUAUUUGGACUGAAAAUAAGUAAAAUACAUUUGCCCUGUGAUAUGUGAUCUAUCAUACCUGUAUUUUACAUUCCUUUUAUUAAAUCCAGCGUAACUCACUUAAUUAUAAUCUUCUCAUACAUAUGAAACUGCUAAAUAUGAAAAUGUAUGGGCAGGUUAUGGUAUGAUAACUUAUUUAAAAAUAAUAAAAAAUGUAUGUAGUUAUAUGUUUAAAAAUUUACUUGUUACUUACUAUCGUAAAUUAUCUAAAUGUCACAAAUUCUAAAAUUAUAAAUUAAAACGUAAGAUAAAAAUAUUUAAGAAAUAAAAUGU